UAGUGGCAGUGAAGUAUGUCUCUUAUCUUUUGUUAGCAUUGAUCUCUUAGUGGUUGAGAUUCAUGAUUUUUUAGAGAAGCUGCAACUUCAGCUAAUAGAGCAUCACCAAUGGCACCACUAGGCAUAGAAGUUGGGCAGCCCAAUGACAGUUUGUUGCCUUCAAAAGGGGGAACAGCAUUGCCAUUGGAUAAAUCUUUCCAAACACUAGAGUUUGAUAAUAAAAUGCCAAAUGGAAAGCCGAAGAAUAAGGUUGUUCGUCCUGAGAGUCCUAUACUUGAUAUUGCUGCUGCUCUUGACAGAAGCAAGCUGAGAAAAGUUUCAGAACAGGUUAUUUCUCCAAAACCACCCAAGUUAGAUGAAAGAGAUUCAUUGUUAGAGCAAAUAAGAUCAAAGUCCUUCAACUUGAGACCUGCUGCAGCUACACGACCCAUCAUGCAGGGUCCAAAAACAAAUUUGAGGGUUGCUUCCAUCUUGGAGAAAGCAAAUUGAAUUCGCCAGGUUGCAUUGGAGAAUUUAAGUAUGUUGAUGACCAUAGGGCUGGAAAAAUCAUUGUCGAAUUGAACAACAGGCUUAACAAGUGUGGUGUAAUCAGUCCCCGAUUCGAUAUCGGCGUUAAAGAGAUCGAAAGUUGGACUGUUAGACUCCUCCCCUCAAGACAGGUCAGCAAUGUUUCCAUAGUUUUGUGUUUGCAUAUUGUGAUAUUGUGCAAGACUUAUGAAUGCGUUUCCAUAGUUUUGUGUUUGCAUAUUGUGGUGUAUUUUUGUUUUUGAUAAACUGUUGUCUUGAAUUUCAAUUUUGAGAUGAGGUUCAGCGGUUGGAGUGGAUGAUAUUCUUUUACUUUCAUGGUAGUAUGAUAGCGAGAGGUGUUUUUCAUGUGCACUUUGUUUGCUUAAUAUGACUUCUUUAUCAUUAUUUUUCUUAUACCAAAGUGUACUCCAGGAUUGUUUUAUGUUUUAAA